CAAAAAAAAAUUGCAAAAAUUUCAAUCACAAUCAUUAUCAGAAGAAAGGAGUAUAGAAGUUGUCGUGUAUGUUGAUGCUCCUCAUUCAUCUUUGUCAUAACUCACCAAACUCCUUACCCUACCCCCCACCCCUUCUUCUUGUCUCCUUGAAAUAGGGAAAAGCAACUGAUCAAUCUCUCAUUUGUUGCCAUGAUGACACUAUAAACAGUAGCAGAGUCAAAGAGAAAAAAGGGUGUGUAGAUAACAAAUUGUGGCUAUUGAAGAUAAAGUGUGUCACAGUUUUUUUGAGAAAACUGACUGUGUAUAGAAUCUUGAUUAUCAAAUGGCUGAGGUGAUUGGACCUAGAUUGUACAGUUGCUGCAAUUGUAAGAAUGAAGUUGCACUUCAUGAUGACAUUAUUUCUAAGGCUUUUCAGGGAAGAAAUGGUCGAGCAUUUUUGUUCUCUCACGCAAUGAACAUUGUCGUGGGACCAAAAGAGGAUAGGCAUCUCAUGACUGGUCUCCAUACAGUUGCUGAUGUCCAUUGCUGCGACUGUCGUGAGGUGCUUGGGUGGAAAUAUGAACGAGCAUAUGAAGAGGCACAGAAGUACAAGGAAGGAAAGUUCGUACUUGAGAAGUCAAAGAUCGUCAAGGAAAACUGGUAAUAGUCCACCCUGAAUUCUAUGAAAGUGUGUCGAUGCUCCUAUGUACGUGUUAUGCUGUUAGAUCAAAUUCUCAUCAAUUCAAAAUGUUGAUUCAUUGUUCAUUGCUGUAUAAAUUUCUUAUGUUUGUUGUUCGAUUGGAUUGGAUAUGUUGAACAAUCUUGUGAAUAAUCUAUCUCCAAAAUUAUAAUUUGUAAAUACCACAACGACAACAAUAAACAUACCUUAGCCCUACCUUUGUUGGGCAGAGAGGUUGUUCCCGAUA